AUGCCCGAGAAGAAACAAGAUGAUUCCCUUAGUCCUGUCCCCUCUCAAACAGGACAGAUAUUCGAGGACCAAACAUAUGCUCAUGAUGCUGUCUUCGGUGAAAUCACCGAAGGGGGCCCCAAUUACCGCAAUGUCGGAUGGUUAGGAUCUGCCGCUCUGAUGAUGAAAAGUCAGAUUGGCCUCGGGGUUCUCUCGAUUCCAGUGGCAUUCGACACCCUAGGUAUUGUUCCAGGGGUUGUUAUAUUAUGUACCAUUGCCUGUAUUACAACAUGGUCAGACUAUAUGGUGGGUGUCUUCAAGCUACGACACCGUGAUGUUUACGGUAUCGAUGAUGCUGGAGGGUUGAUGUUUGGCCGAAUUGGAAAGGCAUUUUUUGGUUCGGCCUUCUGUCUUUACUGGGUGUUUGUUGCUGGAUCCGGAAUGUUAAGCAUAUCGAUUGCCCUGAAUGCCCUGUCAACCCAUGGUACCUGCACUGCUGUCUUUGUUGCUGUCGCGGCUAUUGUAGGCUUCAUGCUGUCUAGCAUCCAAACAUUAGGCCGCAUGGGCCCAUUAGCAUGGAUCGGUUUAGUUUGCAUCAUUACUGGCAUUCUUGUCGUGACCAUCGCUGUUGGUGUUCAGGACCGACCAUCGGCGGCACCACAGGACGGUGUCUGGAUUUCUGAUUACCAAAUUGCGGGUAGCACUCCAUUUAGCGAAUCUAUAACCGCGGUUUCCUCCCUGGUAUUUGCCUAUGCAGGAACUCCAUCAUUCUUCUCUAUUGCAGCCGAAAUGCGCGAUCCUCGUCAAUACACUCGGUCGCUCUUGGUUUGUCAAUCUGUUGUCACCGGUGUUUACCUUGCCAUCGGUUGCGUCGUGUAUUAUUACUGCGGAUCUUACGUUGCCUCGCCUGCUCUUGGCUCUGCUGGCUCAACAUUGAAAAAGAUCAGCUACGGCUUUGCCUUGCCAGGUCUACUUGUCACAACCAUGCUUGUGAUUCAUCUCCCUGGAAAAUACAUAUUUAUCCGUCUUCUAAAAGGAUCACGGCAUUUAACGGCGAAUACUGUGACUCACUGGGUGGUCUGGCUCAGCUGCACUUUUGGAGUUACCCUGAUCUCAUACAUUAUUGCCAGCGCUAUUCCAGUAUUCGACAAUCUUGUUUCUCUGGUUGGCGCUUUGCUUGGGACCCUAAUGUCAUUUCAGCCUAUGGGUUGCAUGUGGCUCUAUGAUAAUUGGAGCGACGGCAAAAAGGCACGGUCGCCUCGGUGGAUUAUGAUGGUGUGCUGGAGUGCGUUCGUGAUCUUGUCAGGAACAUUCCUCAUGGUUUCUGGCACCUAUGGUUCCAUUGUGACCAUCAUGAAUAGCUACAACUCUUCGGGAGGAUCUGCCGCCUGGUCAUGCGCCGACAACUCCAACUCGACGUAA